AUGUAUAACGUCGGAAAACCACCGCAAUCGACCUCUAAGCAGCCCUCACCGCUGCCAACGCUUUCAACGCCAUCACCGGAUCCCAAUUCCGAGCCAAAACGUCCAAAUCCUCCCUCGAAACGCAAAUCUAAUUCUGUCAAUGGAAAGUUAUCACGGAAUAGCAAGAAAGCAAAAAUACUUCCAGGGCGAGUGCCAACUACCGCUCGGUAUUUCGAGUCGAAGAACAUGGGUGAGGGAGGAGAGGAUGUAAUCAUGUUGAGGUCGAGCUCAGAUUCAGAGCCAGAUGUUCAAGCAAAGCUGGCUUUGGAUUCAUCUGACGACCCGGAAGCUGAGGAAACACAAAAUCCACUUGUUUCCAUUGAAUUACCGUUAUACCUCCAGCCUUCGAGAUCCGAAUCUUCCCAAUUGUCCACGUUCAGACCCACUCGGGAUCUCAACGUUUACGAGCUCUCUGCCGAUGAAGCCAGUGCCUUGGGCUUGCAAAACGAGACUUCGGUGCUUUCCAUCGACCGGGAGGAGACCCUCGCACUUCUAGGGGCAUGCACUCUUACUAUUUUGAAGGGGUCUGUUUUCAUACUCGGUGUAACAUUGUCUGCUCGGCGGAAUUUGCGAGACGAAGCUCAUACCAAUUCCAGCUCUCCAGGGCUCAUGAUGGGUCACUCAAAUACAAGAAGUCACUGA